UGGCCAAGGACACAACGGACGUGACUAGGAUGGUAGAAGGUGGGGAUUGGACCCCAGUAACCAGCAACCCUCCGAUUGCUGGCCCGGCCACUCUAUCAACUUCGCCACACGUCCCCCGAGAGUACUUUUCUGCAACUUUGUCAAAAGCCUCAGAUGCAGAAGCAUUGUCUUUCAGCACCAUCUGCACAGAGGGAAAGUGCAGCACUUUUUUUCUCUGUAAAUGCCAGCUCACUGGUAAGUGCUGCUAUUUUUAGAACAGGCCCAGCGGGCGACUCAUCUGGUCCUUACGGGCUACCUGGUGCCCGUGGGCACUGCGUUGGUGACCCCUGGUAUAACCAUUUACCAUCCACUUGAAAUGAAGGUGGAGCUUGGUAGAGUUCCUCCGAGUUAGGGUCGCUGUUCUACGUGCAGUUUUGGUUCUUGCAUGUGUUACUCCCUGCUGUCUCUGGGACUGAAGAGCCUUGAGUGAUAUGAAGAUGAUUGGGAUCCGUUUCCUGUGGACUCUGUUGGUGAUUCACUGUGUGUUUGUGUGCGGUGACAUUCAAUUCCUUGAGAGGCAGGAGGGCGACUUGGUAGUCUUUCCUUGCUCCAUCAAGUCCAGCAUCCAUUCACCUGCAGCCUUCUCUUUAAAGCGCACUUGGUUGCAUCCUGAUGAUGUUCUCUUCAAGUACAAGGGGACAGAGGCGCAUGUGGAAAAGGCUCAUGACAAACGGCGUCUGGCGGUCAGCGGCGACCCAAGCAGCCACUCUGUGAAUGUGACAAUGUCUGACCUCAAAGCCAAUGACACCGACCGAUACGUUUGUGAGUUUGUGAUAGAGAACCCUUCUUCUGAGGAUGAACACCGAAGAGGAGAGACAGAAUUCUUCCUCCUUGUUGAUACUGACGCCCCCGGUGGUUGGGUGGACGUUGGGCCGAUAGAAGUGUGCGCCGGGGGCUCGGCCGUCAUCCCCUGUCUCCCCCCCCACGGCGAGGACCUGCCAGUGGAGGGGGUGAGCCUGACGAGGCGAAGGGGCCGAGAUCCCGUGGAGCUGCUCUACCACUCCAAGCGCCACCACCGCACCGGACCGCCGCCCUCCUCCGCUUCCUCCUCCUCACGCUUCCAGCUGUGGUCGUCCCCGGGCCCCACGGGCUUCACGUACAACCUCACCCUGCGUCAGCUGCAGCCAGAGGACGGCGGCUUGUACAGCUGCCAGCUCCUCCUGCGCGGCCGCCAUGACGGUAGCACGUCACUAGACAGCCGACGGGCUGUCUUUGUUUCCGUGCAAGGUCAGUGCAGCUGCUCCGGCUACACCACGCUGCUGUACGCGCUCUCUUCCUCUGUGGUCGUCCUCCUCCUGCUGCUCGCCACGCUGCUGCUCUGCCAAAAAAAAGCGUGCGGCUCCAAGCAGCACCCUCAAGUGCCCAUCUACGAGGAGAUGGUUGGCGUGCAGACCCCCACUGACAAAUUGGAUCCUCUGCAUCUGGAGGAGCCGAGCGUGUACAGAAACUGCCGGGGGAAGAAAUCCUGCCCAGAAAACGAGUACGAAACUUCAAGCGGGGCUCUAAAAGUAAAGUAGAACUCGUUUAGUCAGAUGUCAAACUAGCUGGAUUCUGAAUAGCUUGAUGCAAACAUUACGUCUAUGCUCGCCAAUAAGUUAUGUCGUGGUACAUCCACACAAACGCAGCUCUCCCAAUUCCCCUUUUGCGUCCGUCUGAACUCCUUAGAUGAACUUUUCAAAGUCAGAAAAUAUAUCACCCUCAAACAUCCGGAGCAUAUUCUCUUGUGCGGCCACAACAUUAUCUUGCUGUUCACUUGUGUCGCAAAAUAUUCUCACAACAUUCUCAGUGCAUAUUAAACCUAAACACCUACUACUCUAAAGCAGACCUGGGCAAAUUAAGGCCCGGGGGCCGCAUGCGGCCCGUUAAACUUUUCAAUCUGGCCCACCGGACAUUCCCAAGUGUUUUUUUUAGAUUUUUAAGAUGGAAACUGUAGCUGCCAUUAUGAUGUGCAGUGAUGUUUUCAAAUGACCGUAAGUCUUGAACUAUACAAAGUAUUACAAUGGUUGGAAUCUGUGCUUUUGCAUGAUAUACUAGUUACCAUGGUAACCUAAGUCACAGCAGCUCAGACGAGGCACCAAGCAGUGUGGGAGCGUUUCCACAGAGUGUUUCCAGAGCGUCCAGCCUGAAAUGCUGGUAUCAGGGACAGACGCGGAAGGAGAUUUUUACUACAAAGUUCUAAAGCUUAGUGAUAUCUCAGAUAUAUCAGAUUGUAGGGGGGGGAGGGGUUAGCCAUCGCGUUCAUAUUUCGCUGUUUGUUGCAUUUCUGUUGCAUUUCGCUUGAUUGUAAAAUAUGUCGAUCGAGAGGGGGUGUGACGUUCAUAUGUUGUCAAUAUUCAGUGUUUUAUCAUUCAUAGUUACCGUAUUUUUCGGAGUAUAAGUCUCACCGGCCGAAAAUGCAUAAUAAAGAAGGAAAAAAAACAUAAGUCGCACUGGAGUAUAAGUCGCAUUUUUUGGGGAAGUUUAUUUGAUAAAACCCAACACCAAGAAUAGACAUUUGAAAGGCAAUUUAAAAUAAAUAAAGAAUAGUGAACAACAGGCUGAAUAAGUGUAUGUUAUAUGACGCAUAAAUAACCAACUGAGAACGUGCCUGGUAUGUUAACGUAACAUAUUAUGGUAAGAGUCAUUCAAAUAACUAUAACAUAUAGAACAUGCUAUACGUUUACCAAACAAUCUGUCACUCCUAAUCGCUAAAUCCCAUGAAAUCUUAUACGUCUAGUCUCUUACGUGAAUGAGCUAAUUAAUAUUAUUUGAUAUUUUACGGUAAUGUGUUAAUUUCACACAUAAGUCGCUCCUGAGUAUAAGUCGCACCCCCGGCCAAACUAUGAAAAAAAACUGCGACUUAUAGUCCGAAAAAUACAGUAAUAUUGCAAAUCCCACAUUCUUUAUUUUCAUGCACAUUCUGGGUGCCUCAUUCAGUAAAAAUGUUUUUAAUUCCAUUCCAUUUUUUCAGGCAGUCUGUCUUAAUGUUUUAGCAUUCAAUCCGACAUUAUUGUGAGGUUUUGUGUUAGUGAUCCUAAAAAUAGAUAUACCGGCCCCCAGACACAUUUCUUUCUCUAAAUUUGGCCCCCUGAGUCAAAAUAAUUGCCCAGGCCUGCUCUAAAGUAUAGAGACGUUUUACUUUUAUAGUAUUUUUCCUUGCUUUUUGCCGAAGUGUGAGGGCAGUUCCUAUGUUUGUGGGACACAAAGCAUUGCCAGAUGUACAAUGAUUAUCAUUUUUGGGUCAUUCCCACAACUCCGUGCCAUUCCCGCGUUGUGACUUGCACAACAUUUCCAUCCAAUAUUUUACUUCCUGAACAUUGGAAUGAUUCAAAAGGUUGUUUAUCAGACUUAACACCAGGACGUAAUUAUUUAAAGUAUUAAAUGUAUUCUAUUAUUUUACAUUUCUUCAGAAAUUGACAAAAUACUUGACAGCAAAAAGUAGAAAUAGUAUAAUGUUUAUGAUUUAAAAGUGCCCCAGCUCACGAGCUUUUCUGUAUACCAGCUGUCCUGCUGCUUUUUGUUAUGCUUUAGGUUACCAGCUAGUUGGCAAAUGUUACAGUGAACCCUGUAAGAUCCAACCAAAACAUCCGAUGUCCUACGCGCUAGCUUUAGCUUAGAGCUAGAAAUCGACAUAACUUUGUUUUUUUCACGACGGAAAGGAAGAAAGUGCGUGUGAAAGUCAGUGCUAGGAAGAAGCAGAUAUUAAUUGAAUAAAAAAAAAAAAAACAUCUAAAACAUGACAAAGCGUGUAGCUGACUUGAAGUAGUUGGUGUAUCACUGCAAGUUUGCACCAAACUGAGUCCAUAAUGCCAGCCAAGAAUGUUAAAAUUGUAUAAAUGGCAGAUUCAUUGAAGCUGCUGAUGGUGUGUUUGACAGAAACAGCUCAUAGUGUAGAAGUCCACUCUCCCAAAGUAAAUGCUGUACAUUUCUAAAACUACUGUAAUUGCUUGCAGUGCAUUCUAGAUAUGUUGUUUGUAUUCUAUAUUUCCUAUUUGAUAAGUUUAUUUUUCUUUUUAAAAGACAUGUUAAAACUGUUUGCUUUAAUAACGGCCAAAUACCAAUAAUUUAUUAUAAUUCCUUUCAGUCGGCAUUUCACAAUACCAGCUAUGUCACAAAACCAUUUACAGUCCACACAAAGUAUUCACAGCGCUUCACAUUUUCCACAUUUGAGGACAAACAUUAAUUAAUUCAUUUUGGAAUAACUCCUCUCCGUCUUCUUCCCACCUCCAAAGACAUGCACCUGGGGAUAGGUUGAUUGGCAAGACUAAAUUGGCCCUAGUGUGUGAAUGCGAUAGACUUGUCCAUCUGAGUGCAGCUGGGAUAGGCUCCAGCACCCCCAUGACUCUGAGAGGGACAAGCGGUAGAAGAUGGAUGAAUGGAAUAACUUGUAACAUAAAAUGUGGAAAAAGUGAAGCGCUUAGAAUACUUUCUGGAUGCAUUAGAGAAUAAAUAAAAUACAUUUUUCUUUGAAAAGUAAAGCUAAAAGUGCUUGUAUGAUCUGAUAGUGUUCCGUUUUCCUGAAAAGAAAGAAAAAGACGACAAACUGAAAUAACAGCCAAGAAAAUCUGUACUUUAUUAAUAGAAUCGGAAAUAAGCUCCAUAAAUUCACAUGGAAACUUGUUUUUGUCCGGUGCAUGUCCUUAACAAUCACAUUCUAUGAGGAAAAGGAACAACAUUAAAAGCCACAACUUUGUAUUUCAGUUACAGACAUUUUUUUUUCCCACGUUUUUUUAUUUUCUUUUUAAAGUAAAGGCAAAAGUACCCACAUUACCCCCCCGCCCCCCAAUCCUAAAAA